AUGAUCCGAGAUGCCAGUUCGGUUGAGCUCGAGUCUUCUCAAGCCCAAAUAAAUACUGAACGUCGUUCCCCUUCAGACUCCACCAGCUUCUAUCGGCUAAAAGGAAUCACGAGUGCGUUUUCUGGACGCCAAAUGGACGUUUUUUCUCGUCUGGCUCAGCUGGAAUCGGCACAUGACGCCGUUGUAGCUGCAACAUCGGAGGAACGCGAGGCGAUCAGUCAAUCAUCCUGGCGGCCAGCACCAAUUCUUGUAGCCGAAGAUCUUGAGGCCGAGAAGCAAGAGGUUUAUUUGCUUUUUAUUCUAAAUUUUAAUUUUCUGUCGCUCAUUCACUAUUAA